GCACCGCCAUGGAAUUUUGAACAAAACGGAAUUUUAAUGUCGACAUUUUAUUCAUUUUAUUGAAGCUGUUUCAUCAUGAAGUGGUUGACGUUCACCAUUGUCGUUCUCAUGUCUUGUAUUAGUGUCUUGACAGCCCUGGAGUGUUACUCAUGUCGGAAUUGCCCAGUGGAUUUCAAGGACGACCGGACGGGGCCUGUUACGGAACAAUGUCCACGUGAAGAUCCAACAGUCAAGGUCAAGCUAGCCAGAUGUAGCAAGCACGUUGAGAGAGAUGGAAAAAUCAACCGAGGCUGCUCAUUGGAACCGGAGUGUACCACUCGCGAAAUAAUCAGCAAGUGCUCACAUGAAUGGAACAUGGAAAACACGCACGCGUGCGAGAUCUGCUGCGAGGGCGACAGAUGUAACGCGGCUACCAUGGUAACUGUAAGCUCCGCCCUCUUUCUCACCGUGGGGGCGCUGUUGGGCCUGUACUAUGCGUAAUUGUCUCCUUGGGGCGAUUUCACAAAGACCUACGAUUGAUCUUAACUGCAAAUCAAUCAGAGUUGCUUAGUAAAGUGUGAUGUCACAAUACAAAUCUCUUUGUCUUACGAUGGAUUUUAUUGCUUUGUGAAAUCGAACCCAGCUAUUUUUAUGGAAAAGUUAAUAAUUGUUUCUUCAAAGUUCCACGGACAGUCCAAGAUGAGUAAUAAUAAUAAUAUUGUCACACUAAUAUUACAGCAUUUGAAAGACAUACCUCAGGCCAGUCAAUCAAAAUAAAUCAAAAGAAAUUUAUCAAGCGCCAAAAUUAAAAGUUUGCUUUAACGCCUUAAGUUAAGGCGCUGAUGUAUGGGCACAAACAGGAGAAACGUUAUUGAUGAAACACCUCCUGAAACAGGUGAGCUUUCAGGAGUGUAUUGAAUGUAUGCAGUGAGGUGGUAUCUCUGAUGUAUUCUGGAAGUUUAACACUGGACUCGAGCCAGUGUUUUUAGAAGCGGACCAGUAAACUCGGAGCAAAGCUCUGUGGUCUAGUGUUUUUCAAUUGAAUAGUAGUAGGUUGCCACGGAAUCACCUUAAAGACACUGGACACUAUUGGUAAUUGUAAAAGACUAGUCUUCUCACUUGGUGUAUCUCAACAUAAUGCA